GCUGACGGACUGUCCGUGGCAACUCCGUGGCCUCCUCGCCGCUGCUUGGGCCGAGGAGGCCCAGAAGCGCCCGGACGCGGGGCAGAUCCUCGGGGCGCUGGAAAGCCUGGAAGAAGAGGUCAAGCUGCUUGGCUUGACCAAGUGCCGUUGCUCCGUCUUCACCCUGGCUCUCGCCUGCCGAGCUUGCUUGUUCCUCGACGUAACCAGCGCCUGGGACCUCGCUGCUUUGGGCAUCUCAGGCUGUUGCGACUUGCAGUUUCGACUGGAGCUGGAUAUCAGAGGGCCCUGCCCCUCGUCAGUGGCCAUGGCGCAAUGGGCACCUGGCUUUGGGCCCUGGGCCACGGAAAGGGCGAUUUCCGAAGCUGUCCCACGAAGCCGGUGGCCUCACGUCGAGCGUUUCGACGCGAUCCCCUUGAGUGCGCACCGCAGACCGCGACGACUGCGGAACGCCACGGAGGGUUCGCGGCCUUGGAGGGGCUGGCUGGCUGGGUUCUUAGGCGCUGGAGGCUACGGCGCCCGAACGGCCCGGCGAUCUCCGAAGCCGGCUCCAAGACCGCGCGUUGGCCGCGCCAGCACCGAGGAGACGAACGCCUCCGGAGACAGCGACGAGGAACAGGAGCCUCGAGCAGACGCAGCCGAGUCCAAAGAUGAUUCCGAUGCGUCCAGCGACAGCAGCGAUGACGAGGGCGAUGAGUCAAAGGCGGAAGCUCCUGCGAAGGAGGAUGCGACUAAGACAGAGGAUAAGAACGACGAGAAGUCAACGUCAGCUUCCGACGACGACAGCACGGUGGAGAGCGACGAGAAAUCGGAGAAGCCUGACAAGGAGGAAAAGGCUGGCGAAAGCGAGGAGCCCUCGGGCUCCUCGGAGGAUUCUGCGGGCGAAGAGCCGAAGAAGGAGGCGGAGAAGUCCGAAGCUGUCAAAGAGGAGAUGCCUAUGAAGGAGGAGGAGGCCGAGGAGGAGGAGGAAGACAGCGAAAGUGAGGAUGAGAAGCCCAAGCAGGAGUCUGCGAAGGAGGAGAAGCCGGAAGCGUCUGAGAAAGAUAGCGACUCAGAGGAUGCAGGCAAGGAGCCAGAGGAGAAGGAGAAGGAUUCUGAGGAGAAGACAUCCGAGCCUGAAAAAGAAGAGAAGAAAGCCGAAGACACGGACAAGUCGGAGUCCGGGAAGGAAGAGGAGGAGACGGCCGCAGAAGCAGAGGAGUCUGAGAAACAAGAAGGGAAGCCCAAGGACAAGGAGAAGCUUAAAGAGUCAGAGCAAAAGGUCGAAGAGGAGAAGAAGUCCGAGUCCGAAAAGGUGGAGCACAAGGCGGAAGAAGACGAGAAGUCGGAGUCUGAAAAGGCGGAGAAGUCCAACGAAAACCCAGAAGAGGAUGUGGAGAAACCUGUAGAAUCGGCACCGCCCAAAGAGGAAUCAACAAAGACUCAGACUGAAAAUGGGGAGACGGACAAGAAGGAAGAGCCCCCCAAGGCCAAGGAUUCCGAAGAGUCAAAAGAGACGACAGAGGAGAAGAAGGACUCAAAGAAGCCCGAAGGCGCAGAGGAGCUCAAGAAUGAGGCAGAAGCCAAAAACGACAAGAAAGAUAAAGAGCCGAAGGAUGAAAAAGGCAAGGAUGAUGGCAAGGAAGAGGCAAAGGACAAGACGGAGGAAGCACCGAAAAAAGCUGAAGAGUCUCAAAAGCAAGCAAAGCUCUCCGGGACGGAAGAGGCGGUGAGCAUGAUGGGGGAAAUGCUCGUGGCCUUGAAGUCUGAGGAGGCAAGCGAGGACGAAGAUAAAGAUGCAGUCCCCAAGGAAAGGAAGCAGCAGGCCGUCGACAUGAUGGAGGAGGUCUUGGUAGCUUUCAAGCCGGAUGAGAAGCGAAAAGAAAAAGACGAAGAAGAGGGUGUCACCAAGGAGAUGAAGCAGCAGGCGAAGGAGUACUUCGACUGGAACCGUGCUUGGUAUCCCAUCGCACCUCUGGACUACCUGCACGCGGACAAGCCCAACCCCGUCAAGCUGCUGGGAAAGCGAAUGGUGGUUUGGUGCUCGGACGUGGCAGAGAAUAUCUGGCACGCAGCUCUCGACAGCUGCCCCCACCGCAUGGCCCCGCUGUCCAUUGGUGAGGUUCUGGACUCCGGAGAGCUGCGCUGCCGAUACCAUGGCUGGUCUUUCAACGGAGCCGGCAGCUGCGUCUGUGUACCGCAGGCCAGAAACGAAGCAGAGGAGGCGCGGAUUAGCGGCCUGGCGCGUAGCUGCUUGACCACCUUCCCGGUGCAGGUGAAGCAGGGCCUGGUGUGGAUCUUCCCUUUCACCGGGCAAGAUGCCACCACACACGCCAAAAAGUCUGCGCCAUGCGUCACCCCCGAAAUGGACGGCGCCGAGUGGAUCAUGACGGUUGCGCCAGUGGGCUACCAGGUGUCUGUGGAAAACACGUUCGACCCCUCUCAUGCGCCCUUCCUUCACAACGGCAUUGUCAAGUAUGCCGCAGAGCGGGCACGGGCUAUAACGAAGUUCGUCUUGCGGGACGAUGUUAUUUCCGGCAAGCGUGGCUUCGUGCUGCAACACAACGGUUAUGACGAGUCCACGGAAGGCAUCGCUGCAACGAGACAGUUCGUGCCACCGUGUUCCAAUACCACCGUCUACAAAUACGCGGAUGGGCGUGUGGAGACGAACCAGCUCUACUUCGUGCCUUGUGGCCCGCAUGAGACUCGCUACAUCGUGAACCUUGGUGCCGGUGAACGGCGAAGGCGGCUUCCGACGAUCAUGGAAGAUGUGCUCCAUGUGCUUUUCUUCAACAAGAUCUUCGGAUACCGUUUCCAAGAGCAGGACUUGAUGGCCAUGUGCGGACAGGAGCGGGCGCUUCAGGAGAGUGCCAACUAUGCCUGGGGAGAGCAGUAUGUGCUCGGCACUCCGGCUGACAAGGGCGUCGAGGUGUUUCGGAGAUGGUUCUACGAGUUUGCCAAUGGAGGGCCCUACUUUCCCAG